CCAUGGCCCAGCUCCGCCUCACCGACUUCUUCACCCGCACGAAAGCGGCCGCCUCAGCCCCGGUCAAGAGCAGCAGCAGCAGCGGCGGCCGCCGGCUGAAGGCCGCCAUUGACGGUGCCCCGGAGCCGCCGGAGGAGCGGUGCGGGGAUGAGGCGCUGCUGCCCCGCUCACCGCGCACCCCAGCUCGCGGAGGGACCCCGGCGCUGCGGGGCCUGGCCGGCAGGAAACGGAGCCGCCGUGAGAUGGAAGCGGAGCCGGAGGCCGGAGCCCGGCCCAUGGGGUCGAGCGGGAGAGCGGUGCGGAAGAGGCUGGAGCUGCACCGGGAUGCGGAGCCGCGGCCGGUGGCUGAGGCCCCCAGCCCCUCGCCUGCUCGUCCUCUGUCCCCUCCUGCACAGGACCUGGCAGCAGAGCCCCCUGCCAGCACCACGCACUCCCCCGGCCAUGGGCAGGAUGGGGCAGCACAGCAGCCCCACACGGCCCCCCCGGGGACAGCCGGGCGCCUGCAGCGGGAGGACGUGGCCGGGCUGCAGAGCCGCCUGCUCGGGAUGAAUUUGCUGCCGCCGGGGACCAUCCCUGCGGGGACCAGCGCCGACCUUCGGAGCCGGCUGGAGCGGGUCCGGCAGCUGGAGCUGCGGGUCCGGCAGAGGAGAGCGGGCAGCGGAGGCGCAUCCGGAGCGCAGCCGCACAGGGACACCAAGGAGGCGGCUCCUGCGGCCGAGGCUGGCAGGCAGAAGGCCCCCGCGUACCAGCGGUUCCACACGCUCGCACAGGACGUGCCCCCGGGGCUCACGCUGCCCUACAAGUACCGGAUGCUGGCGGAGAUGUUCCGCACCGUGGACACCAUCGCCGGGAUGCUCUUCAACCGCUCCGAGACCAUCACCUUCGCCAAGGUCAAGCAGGGCGUGCAGGACAUGAUGCACAAGCAGUUUGAGGAGCGGCACAUGGGGCAGAUCAAGACGGUGUAUCCCACCUCCUACAAGCUGCGCCAGGAGAAGAACAUCCCCUCUUUUGGCAAGAAGAAGUCUGACUAUCAGCUCACACUGGAACCAGUGCUGGAGGAAGAGGAGAAGGUGGACGGGCGCCUGCACUUGUCGGCAUCGCGGCUGCUGGAGCGCAGGAAGGAAUUCAACCACAACCUGGUGAACAUCGUCAAGCAGCACCACAAGGCAUUCCUGGCUGCCCUCAGCCCGCCCAUGGUGGUGCCGGAGGAGAAGCUGACGCGCUGGCAUCCCCGCUUCAACGUGGACGAGGUGCCGGACAUCAUCCCUGCUGAGCUGCCGCAGCCGCCACAGGAGGACAGGGUCACCACGGCCCAGGAGGUGCUGAGCAGGGCUCAGGGGGUUCUGAGCCCCAAGAUGGAAAAAGCUCUUGCCAACCUGGCCUUAAGAACCGCUGAAGCCGGAGCAGGGGAACCAGUGGUUUCCAAAGCACCGGCCCCUGCCAGCACCUCCAGUGCUCUCAAAGGGGUGUCCCAGGACCUGCUCGAGAGGAUCCGUGCAAAGGAGGCGCAGAAGCUGCAGGCGCUGAUGAUGCGGGAUGCGCAGCAGGAGCGGCGGAUCGGGAUGCUGCGGCGCCUGCCGGCCAUGGCCCGCAUCCUGCGCAACAUCUUCGUGGCCGAGAAGAAGCAGGCGCUGACCAUGGAGGUGGUUUGUGCCCGCAUGGCCGACAGCUACGACGAGCAGAUGCCUCCGGGGGAGAUGGAGAAACACUUGAAGCUCUUGGCAGAGCUGUUGCCCAACUGGGUGGGCAUCCACACCAUCAGGACGGACACCUACGUCAAACUGGACAAAGGGCAGGACCUCGGGAUCAUCGCCGAGAGGCUCACCAAGGUGGUGAAGGAGGCAGAAACCCUCUGAGCCCCGCCAGGGUGGAGGCUUCCCCCGUGCAGUCUCCUGUCAAUGUAGCAGAUCCCAGUGGGAUCCGAUGUGGGUUCAUCCUCAGGGAUGUCUGAGAACAAAGCGCCUUAACUUAAUUCCUCUGGCAGGGUCCAUGAGGACCGUAGCUCUCCUAACCCUCAAGCUGAAGGCAGGCAGUCCUGCAGCCUUGGUGACAGUGCAGGUGGUGGAGAGGAGCUGUAGUAACCUCUCCUCAGCUCUGUUGUAUUCUCCCUAAGGUUUGAUGCAGGAGGUUUCUUCCAUUAACUGGGCUCUGUUGGGGGGGAGGCAGGGUUGAGAGGGGUGACGAGUCAGGAAAGGAGUGAGAGAAGAAGUCACAAGUGGAUGUUUUUGGAGCUCUGGGCCUUGUUCUGUUUUUUAAGGGAGGGAAAAACGCAUCCCCCAGCACUCGCUGGAAACAACUACAGGACUUGUCAAAACACAUUUGUAUUAAAUGUUUUAAAUAUAGCUGACUUGCGUUAACCCA